AUUACCUAUGCGCCUUUAAAGCUACCGUAACCCUAUUUUUAAUUAAAAAAAAAAGAAUUUCCUUUUAAAAUCGCCGGAUUUUCUCCGUCUCUUUUCCCAUCUUUUUUCAUCUUCGGUACCAAUCAUAUGUAGGUGAGAAUAUCUCUGCACCCUCCAACGAACCCAACACUAUAUCGCUGCGCACCGUCCUUCAACGAUGUCAUCUUCCUCCUACUUCGACCCCCUCAAUUUAUUUCCGAUUUCCUCUGAUUUAUUGAUCUUUUUUCCUCUUUUUCAUCAUUUCUACGUUCUAUAAAGCGAGGUUUAUAGCCAAAUGGACUCAUUCAAACGAUUACAAUCCAAAGUUUUCACGUCAGUGAGCUCACUGCGAAAAUCUGAAGAGAAUGCCGACGAGCAGACAUACAACACAAAACGAUGCUUCAUCCACGUCAAUCACUUAUCGAUCGCGAUCGCCGUCGUCGAGCUCUCGAUUUUAAUUUAUCAGCUCUCAAAUGGCAGUUGGGGCAAUUCGGAGCACUCGACCGUCUUCACAAUCGCCGCCUUGCUCUUUCUGCUCGUCAUUUUUCUGCUUUUCGUCGCGAUUUUCUACCAAAUCGGAAAUCUUCUCAUCCCGCACAUCGUCAUGCAGAUUCUGCUCGUUUUGUGCUUCCUGGGACUCACAUGUGCGACGCUUUAUGCGCUUUUCCACGGUGCCACGUUUCAGUUGCUCGUCGUGGUUACAAAUCCGCAAAUCGCCGCUGAUUCCAUGACAAUUCUCCCGGCGCCAAUGAUCACAACAAACGUGGUUUCCGGAUUCCUAGUGGGCCUUCUCGUCAUUUUCGCAGUCUCCUACUUGCUCAUCGCUGUGCUGAAUACCUGGUGCAUGUACGUCGUCAUCGAUAGUUACCAGCUUUUGAAGAGCCAGAAACUUCAAUCUCGUACUCCGUCGGUCGAGGAGUAUUGUGCGCCGAAGACGAUUCAACUCUCACUAUACCCCAAUCAAAUCGUUCAGGCCACCGAUUUUUAGUCUAUAUUUUAGACCAUUUGUUGAAUUUUUCUCGAAAAAAUCCGGUAAAUUUUUGUGUAUAUAUGUCCCGAAAUUCUUCACUUUUAUCACAUGUGUCAGGCUUUAAUUUUUUCAUACUUUAUUUUCGAAUUCUGUACAAAAAUCUUUGAUAUAUUCUAUUUAUUCUUCUCAAUUAAUAAUCACACGAUCCAUCUU